UGAAAGUAUUUUAGCUCAAUUAUAUAUAUAUAUUAUUAUAAAUUAUUUUCAAAUUGAGAUACCGAAGAUUCGUCCCCUCACGCGUUCUCCUCGAGUCCGCAUCAGCCGCAGGCGAAGAUUCGCUUCUCCUGCCGCCGCCGUUGUUGUCGUCAAUUGUUUUAAGUAGUCACUUGCUAUUUCUGUAUUACACAGGAAAGUGCGUUUUGGAAACAGCAACUUGCCCGAUAUUGGUAGUCUGCCGAACCUGCCCACAAAUACGGGAAGAUGCAGACCACCACGGCGGCGGCGCCUCCUUCUUCUUGUUCCUCGUCCGCCGGCGCCCUUCUCCCUUUCUCCACCACAAAAAGCCCUCCUCUUCUUCUCGGCCGGAGCUCCCUCCCGAAGUUUGGUCGUCAGUGGAGCGCGACCACCCGCCGAUCCCUCUUCCUUUCCCAAUAUUCCCAUUCCCAUCCCCAUUCUCUCCCCCGCUCCGCCGCCACCUUGUCGAGGUCGACGAAGCGAGAUCCGUCGCCGUUUCCCUUCACCGCCUCCACCCACACCUCCUCCUCCUCCUCCUCCGCCGGCACCACGGCGGCGACAGCGGCCUCCUCCAUCCCGGACAGCGGCGGCGGCGGCGGCGCGGAGGGCGACGAGCGAGCGGCGUCGGCGCCGGUGGUGGGGACGCUGCAGCUGGGGGCGCUGUUGGCCCUCUGGUACCUCUUCAACAUCUAUUUCAACAUCUACAACAAGCAGGUUCUGAAAGUCUUUCCGUACCCCAUAACCAUCACAACAUUUCAAUUAGCUGUUGGUACUGUUCUUAUACUUUUCAUGUGGGGCGCUAAACUUUACAGGCGACCUGUGGUAUCUUAUUCAAAGUUAGUUGCAAUUCUACCACUGGCCAUUAUACACACGUUUGGUAAUCUUUUCACUAACAUGAGCCUUGGAAAAGUUGCAGUUUCGUUUACGCAUACAAUAAAAGCUUUGGAGCCCUUUUUCACGAUUGUGCUUUCAGCUUUGUUCCUUGGAGAGCUGCCAACUGUUUGGGUAUUAGCUUCUCUUGUGCCGAUUGUUGGCGGUGUUGCUUUAGCAUCCUUCACAGAAGCUUCGUUUAACUGGAUUGGAUUUUGGAGUGCCAUGGCUUCGAACCUGGCCAAUCAAUCACGAAAUGUGUUGAGCAAAAAAGUGAUGGGCAAGAAAGAGGAAUCUCUGGACAACAUUAAUCUCUUUUCCAUAAUCACCAUUAUGUCACUUUUCUUGACCAUCCCCGUAAUGUUACUUGCAGAAGGUAUCAAGUUUACACCAUCAUACAUGCACUCUGCUGGUCUGAAUCUUCGAGAGAUAUUUACCAGAUCUCUUCUUGCUGGCCUCUGCUUUCAUGCUUAUCAACAGCUUUCCUACAUGAUAUUGGAAAGAGUAUCUCCCGUCACGCACUCUGUUGCCAAUUGCGUGAAGCGGGUGGUAGUUAUCGUGACAUCAGUUCUCUUCUUCAAAACUCCUGUUUCACCUCUUAAUUCUCUCGGCACUGGCGUGGCACUAGCUGGAGUUUUUCUUUAUUCGAGAGUAAAGAGAAUCAAGACCAAAUUUGUGUAAGCAGCUCCUGGGGAUAUAAUCCUACUUUUUAUGUUUUUGGCCAUUGUUUUUGAUGUGCAUGGCGCAAGUGCGUUUCCGUACUGAGGCAUGAUAAUUUGUAGAAUUCUUGCUUCAUUCAUAGGUUUAUGUAGCCUCACCGCUGGGUUAGGUGUUCUUUGACAAGAAGUUAACUAGAAAGUGCUUUUAAAAGUACCACUUAAGAUCUAGCUGGUUUUAUUUAUAAAAUUUAGUGAGUUAUACAAAUGUAUCUGCUUUGAUUCUUUGAAGGGUUCAGUAAGCUUAAAAAAUCUGAAA